AAAUAAAGUCCAUCACAGCUGAUUCUGACCUAUUUUUCUAGUCUUAUUAAACAUUACCUUCCUUCAUGACACUAAAGUCCAACGGAAUUGGCCUCCAUAUAUGGUGUUGAUUUUCUCCUGUAUGCCUUUGUUCCAAUUGUCCCCAUGCCUAGAAAAUACUCAUUCCUCACUUCUACUUUUUAAAAUCUCUACUUUUCCUUAAGAAAAUUGGCCUUGGGCCAGUAACUAGCAUUUAUAUAAUACUUUAAAGUGUGUGCAGUGCUUUACAGUUAUUUUGUCCUCACAACAAUAGUGAAUGGUAGGUGAUAUUUUUUUUAUUUUUCAAAUUAGGAAACUGAGGCAAACAGAGGUUUACUGAUUUGCUUAGUGGUCAUGCAGAUAGCAAAUGUUUGAAGUAAAUUUGAACUCAGGUCUUCCUGACUUUAAUUGGAACCUACCACCUUCUGGAAAUCAGGAAAUCAGCCUUUCCUGAAUCCCCGUGGUGGCUUUUGCCCUUCUCUAAAUUACCUUGUGUCUACUUUAUGUUCUCAGAGAGAAGGCUUCAAGAAGGAAUGGGAAGAGUUCUUGCAGAAGGUGGGAGCCCCCUGAGGGAACGGGACAAAUUCUAUCAGCUCUUGGGGCUUGGGUUUUUUCCUUUGUAGAGGGAGGAUUUGCUCUUAGCAGGUGCUGGCUAAAUCUUCUUAGUUAAUUGAGGGAAUUAGAUUAGAUGGUCUCUAAAGCCCCUACCUUCUACCUAGGAGAGGGAGGGGGAAGAAGAGAAGAGUGUGUUUGUGUGAGGAAGGGGAGGAGGAGGAAGAGGAGGAAGAGGAGGAGGAGAAGGAGGAGGAGGAGGAGGCGGCGAGGCAGAGAACGGUGUUUGUGGACGUAGGAGGAGGGAUACAGGAGGAGAGCGAGAAUGCUCCAAUCAGAAGCUUCCCUUCCUAUUCUCCCUUCCCAUCGGAGAUUGGUCCAGAGGUUCCCCCUUUUCUGUCACUUGGCAAAUGAACUGCCGCACCUCGGUCGGAGAGGGGCGAGGGAGCCCGACCCCGGCCCGAGAUAGUGCGGGGGGCGGCCCCAGCCGGGGAGCCCAGGUGCCCCGGUCCCGAGGACGGCGCCGGCUCUCCGGCCUUCUCGGACUGAAGAAGCGGGGGCGGAGCCGGCCGCUGGGCUGAAGAAUCCGUCCCCGCCCCCUCCUCCUCCACCUCCCCCUCCUCCCCCGCCCCUCGGGCUCACGCCCUCCCGUGUUGCCCAGGAGCGCGCGCCUCCCAGCGGAGGUGCCUUUGCCUAGACUGCUCUGCGAGGCUGUGCAGCGGUCUCCCGAGCAGCGGCAGCAGCUGACUGAGCAGCAGCAGCAGCAGCUCCAGCGGCGGCGGCGGCGGCGGCGGCCCCAGCCAUGGCGGAAGUUCAUAGACGUCAGCAUGCUCGGGUUAAAGGAGAAGCCCCCGCUAGAUCCUCCACUGCCAGAGAUGAGGAGGAGCUGGGGAUGGCGUCGGCCGAAACGCUGACCUUGUUCCUGAAGCUGCUGGCCGCCGUUUUUUACGGCGUCAGCUCCUUUCUCAUCGUCGUGGUGAACAAGAGCGUGCUCACCAGCUACAGAUUUCCUUCCUCACUAUGUGUUGGACUUGGCCAGAUGCUGGCCACGGUGAUCGUCCUCUGGGUGGGAAAGGCGCUCAGGGUAGUAAAGUUUCCUGACUUUGACAGAAAUAUACCUCGGAAGACAUUUCCACUACCUCUACUGUAUUUUGGGAACCAAAUCACAGGACUGUUCAGCACAAAGAAACUGAAUUUGCCAAUGUUUACAGUCUUGAGAAGGUUCUCCAUUUUGUUUACAAUGAUUGCUGAAGGAGUAUUACUCAAGAAGACCUUUUCUUGGGGUGUUAAGAUGACCGUUUUUGCGAUGAUCAUAGGAGCAUUUGUAGCUGCUAGCUCCGACCUGGCCUUUGACUUGGAAGGAUAUGUUUUCAUCCUGGUGAAUGACGUCCUGACGGCUGCCAACGGCGCCUACGUGAAACAGAAACUCGAUUCCAAGGAGUUGGGCAAGUACGGCCUCCUGUACUACAACGCACUGUUCAUGAUCCUUCCCACCGUGGUCAUCGCCUACUUCACAGGGGAUGCACAGAAGGCAAUAGACUAUGACGGCUGGACUGACAGUCUGUUCCUUCUGCAGUUUACACUGUCCUGUGUGAUGGGGUUUAUCUUGAUGUACGCCACGGUGCUGUGCACGCAGUACAACUCCGCUCUGACCACCACCAUAGUGGGUUGUAUUAAGAAUAUUUUAAUAACUUAUAUUGGAAUGGUGUUUGGUGGAGACUAUAUUUUCACAUGGACAAAUUUCAUUGGAUUAAAUAUCAGUAUUGCCGGGAGCCUGGUGUAUUCCUACAUCACUUUCACGGAAGAGCAGCUGAGUAAACAGUCGGAGCCGAGCAGCAAGCUGGAUGUUAAAGGGAAAGGCGCCGUGUGAGCCCGGCUCCGCGCCUUGAGCGGUCCACCCUGCACGCGGGCAGUGCCGACGGAGACCCGCUUUAACGGCCGGCGGCCCCUGGUUCCAGCGAGAGCUCGGACCCGGCCCUUGCACGAUCUGAAGAUUGCUGCCUUUUUACAUUUUUAUGACGAAUCUUAGAGUUGAUUCUAUUUUAAUUCUGCAGUUUGCAUUAAUUUAUACCAGACUGAGAGACGGCGUAUCUGGCUUUUAAUUUAUUGUUUUUCCCGCUCCAACCACGGGCCUCUCUGUCCACAGCGAGGGGCGUCCGGCCUUCUCUUCCUGCAGACAGGGGUGCCGCGAUCAGAGCCGGCGCGCGCCGAGAGCCUCUGGGAGUCCCUCGUGCUCCCUGCAGCCGGGCUGGGCGCCCCUUCCUGCCAGCUCCCUCUUAGAGUUCUCUCUCUCCCCCUUCUGCCCCCACCCCCACUCCCCACUGGUCACUACAACCUGGGCUUCUCGCCGUCUUCAGAGACGACCUCUUCCUACACCGGAGAGAAGCCACGUGUGGAGCGGGGCCUUGGAAGCGUCCGGGACGAUUGGGCUUUCGGUUUUUAGCCCUUCCCUUGGGCGGCUCUACGGAAACGAGGCUGGAAAGGCAGAGCUGCUCCACAAAGCCCUGGGAGGCGCUGGCCCCGUUUCUGCUCCGGCCACUGUGAGUGACUUGGAGGAGGGAGACGCCCCUCCUCCAAGAGCAAGUCCCCCCUCCCCUUCUGAGGCGGUGGGGGUGGGCGGCCCCUUUCCUCUCUCUGCUUUCCGGGCUCAGCCACCAUUCCCUCUUUGCGUCUUUUCCUUGGGUCUUCUAAGCCUCGCUCUGAUGCUUGUUAUUUGAUAAUUUGGGGGCAAGUUACUCAUUUGGGGCCUUACUAUGUUUCUCUCUGAGAUGAGGUGGGCGAGGUCCUCCAUCAAGGAGGCGAUGAGGGGGAGCUGGUGAAAGAGCUUUUCCCUUGGGUCGCCCGCUGACUCGCUCCUCGGCCUUACACCAGAACUUGGCCCCUUCUCUGCACGACCCCGAGUCAGGUUUGGAAGCUCUCUGGACCGAUGCCUGGAACCGACUGCCCUGGUGAGCUUCCCCAUGCCGCCGGCAUCCCUGCUUCGAGCUCUGGGAAGCCGCCUACUGGCCCACCAGGGACAGCGCCAUUCUUUACAGCCCUUUAGAAUGGGCAGGGCAGAUGGCUCCCCGUCAGACAGGGGCUCAGCUUGGCCUGUGCCAUACUGGGUGAUGGAUCUUCUCCUUAUGCAUUAAGGUGGUCUCCUUUAGCUUUAACAAUAGGACUGCUGGGUAGUGGACCAAUUUCAUAAGUUUCUAGAUUUUAGAAGUUUGGGAUGACUGUUGGAUUUGUAAUUAGGGAGCCUGGGAUUUCCAUUUAAUACCCAUGAGCUCUUGGGCAGGCCGCUUCUGGGCCUGUCAUUCAGCUCCAAAAUGGCAGGGUCUGGACCUCAGAGAGCCCUUUUUAAAUCUGGAGAUUCUGUGAGCUGGAAGCAUUUCCAGAGAAGGAAAGCCAAGGGGGUCAAGGGAUCGGAGGACCCGCUAAUGAGCAGUUAAAAAAAACCGGGUGAGGAGAAAACUUGGGGAGAGCGUGGGAAGCAUCUGCCAGUAUUUGAGGAUGGAAGGGGCAGGAACGUGGACUUUGACGUAAGGUCAGUAACUGCUUGCUGAUAAUUAGGCCUGGCCCGGGAGGAGUCUGGGAGAAGGCUGGAUUCCUCAUUUUCAGGGAUGAUGCACGAGGACUCCCGCCUGAGGUUGGGAGAGUCUCCGAUUCCGAGGUUCUGUGAUUAAUCUUAAGGUCUGAGGUGGUUUAUCCCAAGGGGGCUCAGCCUCCCUUUUUUUUGUAAGCAUGGAAAUCCUCCAGCAGCAGGAGGGCGGGCGAGCAUGUGCAUUCGGAGUCGAGGCUCUCGGCGAUAGUUAUCAUGGCAGCCGGCUUUUCUAGGGCAUUUGAAGGGCUGCCCGGCACUUUACAUUCAUGUCAUUUAAGCCUCACGACGCCCCGUGGGGCAGGUGCUGUUCCAAGUCCUCAUCUCACAGAUGUGGGGACUCCGGGCUCCCUAUCUGGAAUAGGGGAGACCCCUGCCCUGCCGGCUUCACGCCGGACUCCGGCGCCAGCUCUCCCUGGCUGCUGGACCCUCACCCACUUAACACCAGUCAACAAGUGUCUGUCGGCAUCGGGCUCUCGUUGGACCUCGGUUACGUAGGAAGGUGAGCGCCUACAUUUCAGUUCUGACUUACUCAGAAGUCUUUCUCCCGCUGCUCCCUCCCGUGGCCCACGAGUAGCAGAUGGGGGGGUUAAUUACCAUCUGCAAAUGGGUCAUUUUACUGUAACUUAGGGAAUGGCCAGAACUGAAAUCACAUGUGCCUUCUAGAAUGUCCAGACUUUGGCCCAACAAUACACCACAUUGUGACCUGUGAACUUACUCCUUCAGCAGGUAGAAGCCUUAUAGAACUGGGAAACUGAGGCACAGAGCUGGCCAGGGAUCUGUACAAAGCUAAGGCGAGCCGUGGGCAGAGCUCUGAACUUCCAUCACUGUAACCAAUGAACAGGGUCAGCCCAAUUUUGGUUCAGCUCGAAUCAAUCCUCUUGGGGCAGGAUACGCUGCCAGCAGAGGAUGGAGACAUUUGUAGCCGCCUUUCUGUGCUAAUCGCCUAAUUCAGGGUGACCUGCUCGGAAUCAGUCACGGGGCUGGAAAAAACCUCCGCAGCCAUUUGGUCCAGCUGCCCGCCAUCUGGGCUCCCACUUCUGGCCCCAUCUUUGGCAGCCAUUUGCCAAGAAAGCCCCAAGUGAACUUGAGCAACGAGCUCCGCUUUUUCCAUCUUGUUCCUUCCCUCAUGCUGGUUUUCAGGCCCACGAGGCUUCCAUACCUUCUCUUCGGGCUGCUCUCUGGGUCCUUUGCAAAGCUGUGUCCUUUUCCUUAUGUGGCCACAUCCGUCUUUGGAAAAUUGGGUGCCCCCCCAGGUACUCCCCUCUCCUCCCCCUCCCCCCCCCUUUCCUCCACUUGUGUGUGUCCUGAGAACUUCGUUCGGGAAAUAUGCUUUCCUCCCUUAUGUAGCGUUUAGCGCGUGGUUUCCUGUCCUUUCUCUGAGACCUUUGAGUAAUCAGCUAAACGUAGAGAUGAUGACACGAGUCUGUGGCCCCUCUCUAGACCCUUUCCGUUAAGUAAAGCUAAAGUGCGGACUGUUGUGGUCAGUAAAAUGGGCCAGGGCCUUUCUCUCUGAACUUCAGCUGUGCUUGGUGCUUGGUGGUUGGCAGGGUCUCUCCAUUUAAACUGUCUGAUGCCCAGAGCUGGCUUUGGGUGGGCACAAAAUGGCCUCUGGGGCUUGGAGGGAGAAAAGAGUUUAUGGGGAUGUUAGUCACCAAGACGAGGUUGCCGAUCCCACUCUGGUCAUGCUCCGCCGGAGCUACCUAAAUGCUGCCUAAACAUUGUCACUCUGGCACCUGGAAAGGGAAGCUGCCAAACACUUUGAGAGUGGGGAAGCUUUAAAGUUGGAGUCCUGCAGAAUUCAUCAUCAUGGCUCACAUUUUAAGGUUUGCAAAGGGCAUCACUUAUGUCCCCUUUGGUCCUUAUAAAGACUCUGUGAGGUAGAUGUCCCCACUUUACAGAUGAGGAAACUGAGUUUCAAAGGGGAAGUGAUUGUUCCGGGGUCACACUGUGGGUUCAAGGCAGAAUUUGACUUUGGGUCCAGGGCUCUGCCCGGAAGCUCCCCGGCCCCACUCAGUACAAGCUGAGCUCUGAAUCUGCAGGGCUCGUUUCUCUCUAGCCAGCUGCCCUCUGGAAGAUUCCAGGCUCUCAAUGAGCCUGGCUCUGCCAGUCUAGAACCGUCCCGUCCACGCAAGUGCACAGAGCAGCAUGAACCGGUGGAUGCCUGGCAAUCACUGGGCAGAAGUCAGCCGAGGAACAUGGGCUUUAGAGGGGGCGGACAUUCGGGUCGGGUUUCUUGUUGGCUACUGCCCUCUGGGGUCGGAAAUUUGCGUCACUUUACGUUUUUAAGGAUUUCUGCAAUGUCGUCUUUGUCCUUAAAGAAAUUGCUAGUUAGAUUUAUCAUCCCUGAAAAAUGUUUUUCAAGAUAAUUUUGUUCUUAAAUAGAUGCUUCUUCAGUGCCAGAAACCAGAUGAUAUUAUUGUCUACACUGGGAAGGUGAAUAAAAUGGAUGCCAUCAUAUGUUUUCUAUGCUGUUGAUCUCCUGGAAAUAUUUUUUUCAAUAUAGAUUCUAUUUACAAAAAUGACCAUUUUGUGUUUUGAAACAAAAAGGUAUUACUGCAGGCUAGAGAUUUGUAAAUCGGGUCAUGGUGAAAGAAAAUUACUGAGCCUGCUUAAGUAUUUUUGUACGGGCUUCAAAUAAAUACUUUUCUCCUGAAAA